UGCCACGGGGGCCUAUGUAUGGGGCGGUACUAACGAGAAGCCAGGCAGCUAGCUUUGGCUAAACGAACACUAGCGGCUUGUGAGCCAUCAAAAUGCAGUAUUUUUCGCUAUUGGGCUGGACAUCACACCAUGGAAUGUAAUGAACUUAUUCCUUGGGAAAACUAUAUAUUAUAGCCAACGACGUCUUUGUUGAGAAAUCGGACUGCCCUGAGACUUGGAUGGAGGUGCAAGCAAGCGCUACGACUGAGGAGGUGUAGAACGGUUGGUCGACUUGUCUCAUCCUAAUUAUUAGCAUAGUGAGGAGCAGCCGACCUGACCACCAUGCCUCCCAGACCGUCUUCUGGGGAACUAUGGGGCAUGCACUUGAUGCCCCCGAGCAUCCAGGUGGACUGCCUUCUCCCAAAUGGGAUGAUUCUGACAUUGGUGUGCACACGUGAGGCAACACUCAUCUCGGUCAAACACGAACUCUUCAAAGAGGCCAGGAAGUAUCCUCUCCACCACCUCCUACAGGAGGAGACCUCCUACAUCUUUGUCAGCGUUACCCAAGAGGCUGAGCGAGAGGAGUUCUACGAUGAGACAAGGAGACUGUGCGACCUCAGGCUUUUUCAGGCCUUCCUGAAAGUCAUCGAACCAGUGGGCAACCGAGAGGAGAAAAUACUCAACCGAGAAAUUGGUUUUGCAAUAGGAAUGCCUAUAUGCGAGUUUGACCUGGUCAAGGACUCGGAAGUGCAGGACUUUAGAAGAAACAUAUUGAAUGUCUGCAAGGAGUCUGUGGACCUCCGAGACACUAAUGGACCCAUCAGUAGAGCAUUGUACGUCUACCCUCCCAAUGUAGAGUCGUCAGUAGAACUGCCCAAGCACAUCUUCAAUAAGCUUGACAAAGGUCAAAUCAUAGUGGUCAUCUGGGUCAUCGUGUCGCCGAGCAACGACAAGCAGAAGUACACCCUGAAGAUCAAUCACGACUGCGUGCCGGAGCAUGUGAUCGCAGAGGCCAUCCGCAAGAAGACACGUAGCAUGCUGCUGUCCCACGAGCAGCUCAAGAUGUGUGUGCAGGAGUAUCAGGGAAAGUACAUCCUCAAGGUGUGCGGCUGUGACGAGUACCUGCUGGAGAAGUACCCCCUUAGCCAGUACAAGUACGUGAGGAGUUGCAUCAUGCUGGGGCGCAUGCCCAACCUCAUGCUAAUGGCCAAGGAUAGCCUUUACUCCCAGCUGCCCAUCGACACCUUUACCAUGCCCUCGUACGCCCGACGCAUUUCCACGGCAACGCCCUAUAUGAACGGCGAGACGGCCACCAAGUCCCUGUGGACCAUCAACGGCACGCUGAGGAUCAGGAUACUGUGCGCAACCUAUGUCAAUGUAAACAUCAGGGACAUUGACAAGAUCUAUGUCCGGACUGGGAUCUACCACGGUGGGGAGCAGCUGUGUGACAAUGUGAACACUCAGCGCGUGCCAUGCUCAAAUCCCAGGUGGAAUGAGUGGCUGAACUACGACAUGUACAUUCCAGACAUCCCACGUGCCGCCCGCCUCUGUCUGUCCAUCUGCUCUGUGAAAGGGAGGAAGGGGGCUAAAGAGGAGCACUGUCCGCUAGCCUGGGGCAACAUCAACCUGUUUGACUACACCCACACUCUAGUGGCCGGGAAGAUGGCCCUCAACCUGUGGCCUGUGCCCCAUGGCCUGGAAGACCUGCUCAAUGCCAUCGGAGUCACUGGCUCCAAUCCAAACAAGGAAACCCCUUGCUUGGAGCUGGAGUUUGAUCACUUCAGUAACCCGGUCAAGUUCCCCGACAUGCCGGCCAUCGAGGAGCACGCCAACUGUAACAUAUCCCGGGAGCUGGGCUUCAACUACUGCCACACCGGUUUGAGUAACAGACUGGCGAGGGACAACCCCCUGACGGACAGUGACAACGAACAGCUGCGCUUGGUGUGUAACAGAGACCCACUGUCUGAAAUCACUGAGCAGGAGAAGGACUUCCUGUGGAGGCACAGACAUUACUGCGGCACUAUCCCAGAGAUACUUCCCAAGAUUCUCCUGGCAGUGAAAUGGAACUCCAGAGAUGAGGUUGCACAGAUGUAUUGCCUUCUGAAGGACUGGCCAGCCAUAAAGCCAGAACAAGCCAUGGAGUUGCUGGACUGCAACUUCCCCGAUCCCAUGAUUCGAGACUUUGCCGUGAAGUGCCUUGAGAAAUACUUAACAGACGACAGACUCUCUCAAUACCUCAUCCAGCUGGUCCAGGUUCUUAAGUACGAACAGUACCUCGAUAACCCGCUGGCCCGCUUCCUGCUGAAGAAGGCUUUGACCAAUCAGCGGAUAGGACAUUUCUUCUUUUGGCAUCUAAAGUCGGAGAUGCACAACAAGACUGUGAGCCAGCGGUUUGGCCUGCUGCUGGAGUCCUACUGCCGGGCCUGUGGCAUGUACCUCAAGCACCUGAGCAGACAGGUGGAGGCCAUGGAGAAACUCAUCAACCUUACCGACCUCCUCAAGCAGGAGAAGAAGGACGAGGCCCAGAAGGUUCAGAUGAAGUUCCUGGUGGAGCAGAUGAAACGGCCUGACUACAUGGAUGCCCUACAGAGCUUCACCUCUCCACUCAACCCAGCGCACCAGCUGGGAAACCUCCGCUUGGAAGAGUGCCGGAUGAUGUCAUCGGCCAAGCGGCCCCUGUGGCUCAAUUGGGAGAACCCUGACAUGAUGUCAGAGCUGCUCUUCCAGAGCAACGAGAUCAUCUUUAAAAACGGAGAUGAUCUGAGGCAGGACAUGCUGACUUUGCAGAUCAUUAGAAUAAUGGAGAACAUCUGGCAGAACCAGGGCCUUGAUCUCAGGAUGCUGCCGUACGGUUGCCUGUCCAUCGGCGACUGCGUGGGCCUGAUAGAGGUGGUGAGAAACUCCCACACCAUCAUGCAGAUCCAGUGUAAAGGAGGCCUGAAGGGGGCGCUGCAGUUCAACAGCCACACGCUGCACCAGUGGCUCAAGGACAAGAACAGGGGGGAGAUGUACGACCAGGCCAUUGACUUGUUCACACGGUCAUGUGCGGGCUACUGCGUAGCCACCUUCAUCCUGGGGAUCGGUGACAGACACAACAGCAACAUCAUGGUCAAAGAUGAUGGACAGCUAUUCCACAUAGACUUUGGCCAUUUCCUGGAUCACAAGAAGAAGAAAUUUGGCUACAAGCGAGAGCGGGUGCCCUUCGUCUUGACACAGGACUUCUUAAUCGUCAUCAGUAAAGGAACCCAGGAGUGCACCAAAACCAGGGAGUUUGAGAGGUUCCAGGAGAUGUGCUACAAGGCCUACCUGGCCAUCCGGCAGCACGCCAACCUCUUCAUCAACCUGUUUUCCAUGAUGCUGGGCUCGGGGAUGCCCGAACUGCAGUCCUUCGACGACAUCGCUUACAUCCGCAAGACCCUGGCGUUGGACAAGACUGAGCAGGAGGCCCUGGACUACUUUAUGAAGCAGAUGAAUGACGCCCACCACGGCGGCUGGACCACCAAGAUGGACUGGAUCUUCCACACAAUCCGCCAGCACGCCAUGAACUGAGAGGGGCCAUCUGCCCGGAGAGUAGCAGCAACGCAGAGAGGACAAGGGCGGAUCUCUACACCAUCCGCCUGGACUGUGUGUCAACGGAGAGACUAGAGGGCAUCUCUACACCGUGGACUGUGUGUCAACGGAGAGACUAGAGCGGAUCUCUACACCAUCCGCCUGGACUGUGUGUCAACGGAGAGACUAGAGCGGAUCUCUACACCGUCCGCCAGUUUAGCACGCCAUGAGCUGAGAUGGCAGAGCGGACAACGCUAGCGUCCACGGAUGGAGCUAUGAAUGGAUAGAGCCAUUGGAUGAAUAGAAUGAAUUGAGAGGCUAGAACGGAUCGCUAGAUCAUCUGCUAACUUCUGAGCUCUGAGGGAAAUGCACAUCUGCAUACCAUCCACUAGGAGGCGCCAAAAGUGGAUAUUAGGGAUGCAUCGAUAGGGAAAUUACGGGCUGAUGCGAUAAUCAUAUUUACUGGACAUUAUCUUUCUCAUAUUGGUAUGGCAAUAUGGCCACAGUUUUCUCUUUGUAAAAUUAAGGGAACAACUACGAUUGUAAACAACCGUUUUGCAAAGGUUAUGUCAUUUUUAAGAUGAAGCGAUCUAUUGUAUUAUCUACCGAUAUGAUGGCCGUUUUUUUUUUCUUCUCCCUAUAUCAAAGCCUGCCCAGGGUCAUGUCCUGCUAACACACCAGGAUACCGUGAAGACCUGCCCAGGGUCAUGUCCUGCUAACACACCAGGACACCGUGAAGACCUGCCCAGGGUCAUGUCCUGCUAACACACCAGGACACCGUGAAGACCUGCCCAGGGUCAUGUCCUGCUAACACACCAGGACACCGUGAAGACCUGCCCAGGGUCAUGUCCUGCUAACACACCAGGAUACCGUGAAGACCUGCCCAGGGUCAUGUCCUGCUAACACACCAGGACACCGUGAAGACCUGCCCAGGGUCAUGUCCUGCUAACACACCAGGACACCGUGAAGACCUGCCCAGGGUCAUGUCCUGCUAACACACCAGGAUACCGUGAAGACCUGCCCAGGGUCAUGUCCUGCUAACACACCAGGAUACCGUGAAGACCUGCCCAGGGUCAUGUCCUGCUAACACACCAGGACACCGUGAAGACCUGCCCAGGGUCAUGUCCUGCUAACACACCAGGAUACCGUGAAGACCUGCCCAGGGUCAUGUCCUGCUAACACACCAGGAUACCGUGAAGACCUGCACAGGGUCAUGUCCUGCUAACACACCAGGAUACCGUGAAGACCUGCCCAGGGUCAUGUCCUGCUAACACACCAGGAUACCGUGAAGAUCUGCCCAGGGUCAUGUCCUGCUAACACACCAGGAUACCGUGAAGAUCUGCCCAGGGCACGCAACAGAAAAUGGUUUGAUACGGAAAACAAAAACAUAAUUCUUAUUGGACAAAUCUUGGCAGUCUCUUUCUCUUUCAAUCAUGUUUUCUUCCUCUUGGUGCCCAUUGAACACGACCCAGAAUACCACCAGCAUUGUUAAUUCCCAGUGAUGGAUGGUUGACAGACACUAGGAUGUCCUUUUCAUCGUCUGCUGUCAACUCUAAGACUAGCGAACAGAACUCUGACAAAUCGUGUUUGAUCUCAAUUGACGAUCACACAUCUUGUGUGUCCCCAGAUGGAAACGGUCAUGUUUCGUCAUCUCAAAGUUUGAGAUUUUGUACAGAAGUAUCCCGAUGGUCUUGUAUGCAUACAUUAUUCCUUUUUAGUCUUCAUUUUCUACUGAGCCAAAGUACUAUAUAGAGAUAGAGAUAGAGAUAGAUAUAUAUAUAUAUAUCUCUAUCUCCUACUACAUCUGACUUAUCAGUCUUACCAUGAGUCACUACUAUUCCAAUCCCUGUGUAUCUCCUUUGUAGCACUGAUCUCUACAGUAUUUGUUUGUUUGUCUAUCAGUAUUAUGAUGCGUGUGCAGCGUUCUGGCGUAAAAUGGCUGCCGUCCAGCACCCAGUUGGAUGCAACACAGAAGUUUACGAUGACCGACACAAAAUAACUGUAAAUUCAUUGAAUUCAUCCUCUUCAUUUUGUUGUUUUUUCAGGUUGUAUUUUUAAAGGGAAAUGGGGGGCAAAAUGGAUGUGCAAUGUUAUAGUUCUGUUACACUAUGCAAUUUGUGAUCUUUAUGUACUGUACUGCAAAGUAGAGUCGAUGGGAGGAUCUAAUCAUAUACACAGCAUUAAAGGUGUCUAUUAACUGUACAGACAAGACAGUACACAGAAGACGAAUGCACAAUUAUGCACUGACAGUAUCGCCGAUUUCUUCCCUGACAGGAUGACUCUGGAAGAACUGUAAAAAAAAAAAAAAGAGCCUCUUGUACCCUGCCUUUCACUUUAGUUUUUUUCUUUUUCAGAUCUAACCGUCGAUUCUAGAAAGCGUUUGGAACCACCGUAGAUUCUAGAAAGCGUUUGGAACCACCGUAGAUUCUAGAAAGCGUUUGGAACCACCGUAGAUUCUAGAAAGCGUUUGGAACCACCGUAGAUUCUAGAAAGCGUUUGGAACCACCGUAGAUUUUAGAAAGCGUUUGGAACCACCGUAGAUUUUUUUGGGGUGAAUUGGAAUUUGCUUCGUCCUAUAUUUUCAGAAUACAACUAUGUAUAGAUUUGACCCUAUUCCAGACUUCCCCAGCAUUCUAUGUCAUAUGAACUCCCUAUUCAGUAAAGUUGUUAAAGAUCAAUAAAAUAAAAGUGUAACAGGUGAAUUUGUGGUUUUGCCUUCCCUGACAACUGCCCUUUUUUAAGUGUGGAUUCUGCAGUUCUCUCACUGCAUAAAGAUACUUUUAUUAGUCAGUUGUUUGCUGGUUUUUACCAAAUGACAUGGUGUGUGUUUCUGUGCAGGUUAGAUGGUUGGGCAGGUCCCAUUCAAAACAAGACAACUACAAUAACCAUAUUACAAACAAUAUGCAAGCGCUAUCAUAGAACAUUUUUCCUUUUAAUUAUCGUUGUGUUUAAAUGUCAUCCUUUUCUUUUCAUUGUUAAUGCAUGAGGUCCCUGAAGAUCUUUGUUCAACCAAGUGUUGUUUACUUCAAGUUCAUGUUUAAACGACAUUUUGUUACUUGUGAGGUACAAUGUCGUCACACCAUGAAGAUAAGCAAUACUAUCCUGGGGCCAGGGAUAAAUGUCUGUCCCCCAUGAACUAUAUGUGUGUAAAUUGCUUUCCUUGAGUAACUACAGAGGUAAUAUAUUUUUGUAUUCUAAAUGUAGACUAACUCAAAAUAUAAUCACUAAACAAAAAGAAAGGUGGAAUUAUGCAUAGUACAUCGUUUCACACCCCACUAGACAGCUUGUAGUUAUUGAAAUAUGAGACACUAGUGAUGAAGGACAACAUGAGUUUGGUAAGGAGAAGAAUGUAUGGAGUGGAGUUUCACUGAAGGUCUGCUGUUCUGGCUAUGAGUACAGUGUAAAAGCACAACGAUGAAAAGCUAUCCUGCAUGUUUUCAAAUCCACUAUUCAUAAGUUAUCUAUUCAUCCCUGUAAAUAUCGUUUGACCUGUACUAUGCACUCAUUUUUCUUUCAUACUAAUUCAUGUACCAUGUCUGGAUAGAACCCUGUAUUCAUUCACUCAUUGUACUGUUUGCUAAAAAAACAUUUUUUUCUCUAUCCCCAGAUAUUUUGAGAACCAAUAAAUGUCAUUUCUAAUGA